UGUUGUCAUCGUGUUUCUUAGUUUGGUGUGCAUUACACUGGGCGUGCGAGCGGAAUCUAAGACGUUCACAAUGCGACCUUAACAGCGAUUGUUAUUUUUCUCUUUUCUAUAGCCUGUCGGGGUUGUGUAACGUAUUUCUCCAAAUAGAGUACAGAACAAAAGACAGUUGAGUAUCUCCGGAAACCCCAAAACAAUCCUAUAUUUCACACGACGGCUAGCUUACAAGCUACCAGCUAACCGCUAGCUAUGGAGGAGAAGAAGGAGGAGGGAGAAGCGGAGAUCCAGGAGCACGGCCCCGAGCACUGGUUCUCCAAGUGGGAACGACAGUGCUUAGCGGAGGCCGACCGGGCCGACCCCACCGAGGAGGAGACGGAACACGGCCAGCAGAAACUGUGGCACCUCUUUCAGAACUCGGCCACCGCGGUAGCGCAGCUCUACAAAGAUCGAGUAUGUCAGCAGCAAGGCCUCUCUCUCUGGGUGCCCUUCCAGAAUGCUGCCACAGCUGUCACUAACCUUUACAAAGAGAGUAUGGAGGCCCGCCAACGGAGCUACGAGCUGGGCAUCCACUUAGGCCACCAGCGCAGGAAUAAGGAUGUGAUCGCAUGGGUUAAGAAACGCAGAAGAACGAUCAGGCGCGAGGACCUUAUCAGCUUCCUGUGUGGCAAAGUUCCACCUCCACGGACUGCUCGCGCCCCGCCAAGAGUUUCCAUGGUGUCUGCAAGCCGACCAUCACCCCCAGAGACGGGCAGCUCUGUGGAGUCAGACCUGCAGCCUUUCAGAGAGGCCAUAGCGCUGCACGGCCUUAGCGGUGCCAUGGCAGGCAUUUCUGUGCGCUCUGGUCCCCCUGGUUCCCCAACUCACCCGGCCCAGUCCCUCAGUCGUCGUAGGAAUGGUCUUCAUGACGUGGACCUCAACACCUUCAUUGCCGAGGAGAUGGCACUUCAUUUGGAAUCCACGGCCAAUCGCAAACGAGGCCCAGCCCCCUGUAGUGAUGUCAUCACAGACUCACCUACCCAUAAACGUAACAGGAUGCUCUGAACUUUUCCUACACCACUAAUCCCUCCUCUGUCCUCUCCUUGGUGGCCGACUGGACAGCUGAUGAGGACUGAUGCCUUGGCCAACCAUUUGAAAUCUUCUUCCUUUUCAUCUUAGUUGCAAUGCUAUAAAUAAAGAAACUUAACUUUUACCAAUCCACACAUUUAUUCCCUUCUUUUUCUUUCUUGACCGCCUCUGUCGUCUCACACAUCCUCUCCAUAGUAGUGUUAUUAUUUUUUUUAAAGUUUUUUUUUUCCAGAAAAUAUUCUUUCCCGUUAUGUCGCCCCCUAGUAGAUCUGAUAUAGAAGCGAGCACACGUCACACUUAAAAUCCUCAAGUUGCAGAAUGUUUCGUUUAGACGUUCGUUUAUUUGGCCGGGCUCCUUUUUAUUUUGUUCUUCACGUCCAGUAUGAACCAGGCUGGUGCCUCCUGUUUGCAGUUCUCCUCAUUCCUCAAGCAUACUUCCUCUGUGGGUUGCUAGCCAAACCAGACUGGACUGAAACCCGGGCUCCCCUGCAGGCCGAACCACCUCCUUGCUGUGGCUCCAGUCAAACUGCUUGUCGGCGUGUGUAUCUCCAUUCUGCUGCCGCUCUGUGUGUGUGUUUGCAUAUCUGACAGCAGAACUGCCACUUACUGUGUUGUACUUGUCUUUGCCUGUUGAGAAAGCUGCUACAGUAUCUCUGGUUGUUGUGCAACAGUGUGUGUGUGUGUGUGUGCUUGUUGAUGCGGAUGUGGGGUCCUGGCAAAUCCAGCAACCACUUGGCUGAAUUAUUUCCUGUUUUACUUAAAUUCAUCCUUUUUUUUUUUGUUUCCUUCUUUUUUUCUUAAGUUGCUCUUUGCAGCCCAAACCAGGGUUUUAUCACAAAGCAGGUCGGCUCAAUUGACACCGAUAAUGGCGACUAUCAUUGCAGUCAUAGUUUGCUGACACUUUCAGGGGUGGAGGGAGGAGGGGGGGGACACGAGAUAAGCAAGAUGUAUUUUUAACAAAGCUUUGCUUAAGUACCCAUGUCCUGCAUUCUUAUUUGCAAGUUUCCAAUAACAGUUUUUUAAAAAACGUCUUGUUUACAAAUAAUCCAAAUAUAUAUAUAUAUAUAUAUAUCCUGUCUGCAUCAACAUUAAUUGGACAGAAUACUGGUUGUUGCAUUUUGCAGUAAGAGUGUUUUCAAAGCUUGUAUUUCACCCACUUUGUUUACAUUUGGCCCUUUUUUUUUUUGAUAAGAGCAAACUGGUGCGUUGUCAGCAUUUGUCCCGCGUAUUUAAGAGAGUUAUAACAGUUUCGACACUUGUGAUUUUAGCUUUAAACCUAUAAAAUUACAGAGGACAUUUGGCUGUGAACUAGUUGGUGAUGACAGCUGUGGUAUUUUUUUUUUUUUUAAUUUGCUAAACCAGCUCAUGGAUUAUUGGGUGUGGUGGUUGAGCAAAGCUUUGGACACUUGUUUGGUAUAACUUCACACACUGCUUUGUGAUACAAUCGUGUGUAAUGUGUGUAAAUAACAUGUAGGUGCUGUUAUAUGUGGUACAUAUUGUAAAAAGAAGUGCAAAUCCAUUGGGAUGUCCAUGUACAAUAACAAUUCUGACAUUAAAGAAAAUACAAAGUG